UUCUGUAAUUCUUCGUUUUUGCCCCUCCGCCCCGCUUUAAAUAGGCACAAGUUUUGGGUCCUCCUUGAGCUUGAGACCGGAAGACACAAUGACGAGUCAACUGAUGCAGGACCCGCGACCAAUUUACGAGCUCACUGUCAAGGAUGAGAAGGGAAAUGAUGUAAGUCUGGGUGACUAUAGAGGGAAGGUGUUGCUCAUUGUGAAUGUGGCCUCGAAAUGUGGAUUGACUAACUCGAACUAUACCGAGCUCAACCAGUUGUAUGAGAGGUACAAAGAUAAAGGUUUGGAGAUACUGGCCUUUCCAUGCAAUCAGUUUGGUGAUGAGGAACCAGGAACAAACGAUCAGAUCAAGGAAUUUGUUUGCACCCGCUUUAAGUCAGAAUUUCCCAUUUUCGAUAAGAUUGAAGUGAAUGGGGAAAAGGCAGCACCACUAUAUGAGUUCCUGAAAUCAGGGAAAUGGGGAAUGUUCAAGGAUGACAUUCAGUGGAACUUUGCCAAGUUCCUGGUAGAUCAGAAUGGGGUGAUUAUAAAUCGUUAUUACCCAACGACAUCUCCUCUUACCAUCGAGGGAGACAUAAAGAAGCUGUUGGGAAUUUCAUGAAGGUCUGAAAAGGCUGGUGUGCACAGUCGAUUCUCAUGCGCUGUUGAGACUAUGAAAUGCCUAUGCAGAUUGUGCUAGCAUUUGUAUAAUAUGUGUGAUUCUGGCAUCAGGGUGAAUUCUGUAAUCGACUCCAGAUCUUGUACUAUUAGCUCCACUGGGUGUUGUUUGAUCGAAUUUUUUGUCGGUUUGAAUCAAAUAUCUAAUGCAUUGUGAAAGCUGAUGCUCUUCUCUAA